CAGCCAUGCAGGAAGUCAGAUGAGAUAUUUGAGACGUGAGGAUACCUUCAGACCACACUGACGUCACUUGAUGCUCUGCUAGUUCUUGGGUUCUCGAUCUUUCAGAGCGACUCUCCCAGAUAUGGCACAAUGUGACCACGUGACCAGCAUUGUUUCUAUUUUUAACUUCUUCCUUUGUGUUCUUCUGUUUUCUCUUGGGGCAGCUCAAAAAACCAAAGAUGUAGAGCCCGGCUACAAACGGGUCUGCUACUACACCAACUGGAGCCAGUACCGGCGUGACCAGGGGAAGUUCAUGCCGGCGGACAUUGACCCCUUCCUCUGUACUCACCUCAUCUUUUCCUUCGCCAAAAUCGAGAAGGGCGUUCUAGCUCCAUACGAGUGGAAUGACCUUCAGUACCCAUUUUUGUACAAGCAGUUCAACGCCCUCAAGUUGAAAAACCCCGCCCUGAAGACCUUACUGGCUGUGGGUGGGUGGACACACGGGUCCCAGCCCUUCACAGAGAUGGUCGCAAACAAAGCAACACGGAAAAAGUUUAUAGAGCAUGCCAUUGACUACAUCCGGUCACAUGAGUUUGAUGGCCUUGACCUCGACUGGGAAUAUCCGGCCAACAGAGGAAGUCCAGCAGAAGACAAGGACAGGUUUGUCCUUUUGGCCCAGGAGUUGAGGGAAGCGUUCGAGCAGGAGGCGAAAAAAUCUGGCAAGAGCCGUCUUUUGUUGACGGCGGCAGUGCCGGGUGGUGAAAGGUUGGCCAAAUCUGGUUAUAACGUCAAGCAGCUAAACAAAUACCUAGACAUCUUCAACCUGAUGAGCUACGACCUCCACGGCUCAUGGAGUCCCCUGAUAGGUCACCACGCCCCGCUCUUUGGGGGAGAGAAGUGGUUCGAGAAAAAGUCCGACUCGCUUAACGUGGAAAGUUCAGUGAACUUGUGGCUGGACAUGGGCGUGGACCCCCACAAGCUGGUGAUGGGGCUGGCGCUGUACGGCAAGACCUUCAAGCUGUGCAGCAAGGGACAUCAGCCCGGCGACAAGGGCUGUGGGGGAGCUAACCCUGACACUCUGAACUACUACGAGAUCGCCCAGAGGCUGAAGGCGGGAAAGUUGCAGAAGAUUUGGCUGGAGAACGAGGUGGCGCCCUACGCUUACAGCAUCGCCGACAAGAUCUGGGUGGGCUUUGAUGACGAGGAGAGUCUCAGGGCAAAGGUGAACUUCGCCAAGAAAAAAAAUCUGGGAGGAAUCAUGGUCUGGUCAAUCGACGGUGACGACUUUUCGGGAAAGUUCGGCGACGGCAACAAGUACCCGCUGAUGAACGCAAUCAAAGACGCGGUGGAAGGGAAACAACCGGAAAAUGACAGAAAGGCGGACAAGAAACCAGUCAAGACAGAGCCCGUCAGCGCCACCACCGGAACCCCCACCGACCAGCCCCAACCCACCAAACCCAAACCCGCACCCUACUCGGACCUGGAGAAGGAGCUCUUCAAGAAACCCGAGGCCGUACCCCUGAGGGCAAAUCUGUUCACAAACAGGAGAGUGACCCCCCCUUCUGGUGACCCCGUGACCUCAACUGCCAACACUCAGAACAAGGUGUCAUCAAAUCCUGAGCCUAAUUCAGCAGUUCACACCACGGGCAAGUCGUCUGCUAGCCCUGACCGGAAGUCGUCUCCUAUUCCAGACCGGAAGUCGACUGACCCCGAAGGAAAAAAUACUUCCGUAUACACCGCCGCCGCUGAAUUGCGAGAGAAACUCCAACAAAGCAAGCAGUUCAAACCUCGGCCCGUCGCAGGAAGUAGUACGGUUAUGGCGUCAUCGACAAAACCAGGGCCGACAGCAACGGCAUCUCUGGUCAAACAAAACUCGCGGGUUCGAGGCCAACACAAGCGACUCCCGCAACAAAAUAAAGAAUCCGUUAGUGUCUACAAACCCCAGCAAGAUUCGUUCCUACACAAACCCCAGCAGGGUUCGUUCCAACACAAACCCCUGCAGGGUUCGUUCCUUCACAAACCCCAACAGGGUUCGUUCCUACACAAACCCCAGCAGGAUUCGUUCCUACACAAACCUCCCAUGACCAAAUACUCAACGACCAACUUCUCCAAGAGCUCCGUGUUGAAAUCGGCGCACAGAAAACCGGAAGUGGCCACGCCCCCUCAGCGUAGCACCCCCAAGGUGAGUGGUGUUCGCUGGUAUACAGACAAAAAUCUGGCCACUGUAGAAAGUGUGAGAAAAAACACGGACAAGAAUCUGGCCACUGAAGAAAGUGUGAGAAAAAACACGGACAAGAAUCUGGCCACUGAAGAAAGUGUAAGAAAAAACACGGACAAAAAUCUGGCCACUGUAGAAAGUGUAAGAAAAAACACGGACAAGAAUCUGGCCACUGAAGAAAGUGUAAGAAAAAACACGGACAAGAAUCUGGCCACUGUAGAAAGUGUAAGAAAAAACACGGACAAGAAUCUGGCCACUGAAGAAAGUGUAAGAAAAAACACGGACAAGAAUCUGGCCACUGUAGAAAGUGUAAGAAAAAACACGGACAAGAAUCUGGCCACUGUAGAAAGUGUAAGAAAAAACACGGACAAGAAUCUGGCCACUGUAGAAAGUGUAAGAAAAAACACGGACAAAAAUCUGGCCACUGUAGAAAGUGUAAGAAAAAACACGGACAAAAAUCUGGCCACUGUAGAAAGUGUGAGAACAAAUACUAACAAAAAUCUAGCCGCUGAAGAAAGUGUGAGCAAAACUCGAACAGCACCGACGUCACCCAGGCAUAAAAGUUUCACCAAGACCAAGAAGCGACCGGAAACUACGUCACAAGACGAGACCUCGCCAGUCGCUGUCGAGACAAGACGAGACUCAAGUGCGCAGAAACAAUCCACGUUUGGUCAUUUCGUGACCUUAUACCCAGAGGAACAAAAAGGUCGAUCGACGGAUGUCUUAUCCGACGGUCCAUCUUGGGCGACCAAACUGAUGACGGAAAAGGCUGUGACGUCAGACCAAACAACUAACAAAGAAACCGUUACACCCAAACAAUCAACCGUAACUACGCAGGCAGAAAAAUCGAAUCCAAACAAGCAUAAGAAUAUUCAAAAUGGCGACACUUCCGCUCGGACCUAUGACUCGGCAAACAAAGAAACAGCUGGUCAAAAUUCAGAAAGUAAAGUUGUAAUCAAAUCCACGCAAUCGGCGUCAAAUCGAGGCAAAGCUCCCAGAAGGCAUCAGAACCUCCCCACACCGUACAAGUCCCUGUCCCCAUUUGCUGCUAACAAAGCACAGUAUGGCCUGUACGAGAACGUUCCCAAAAUCUCCAAAUAUUCCUUGACCGAUGAGCAGUUGUCAGGAAUGGUGGGAGAGUUCCAGAAGAGGCCGAAACAUUACAAGUACGUCACGCAGAAGACAGAGCAGGAGGUGGGAGAAAAAUCUGACCACAAGUCGGGCGGGAAAUGGUGGGACAACUCCAAGACUACGGACGGUGCUACAACAGGAUUACCGCCCUUGACAACAAAAGAGGCAGCGAGUAGCACGCAGAUACUGGAUGAGGUGAGGACACAGAGAGUGGACAGUACACAAAGAGUGGACAGUCCACAGAGAGUGGACAGUCCACAGAGAGUGGACAGUACACAGAGAGUGGACAGUCCACAGAGAGGGGAGAGUCCACAAACUACCCAGACGGGCGAGGGUAACUCGGACACCACUGAGGGGUACUCGCCGAGCCAGACCGAGACAAAAAAAUAUUCUAACAAACUGGACACCACGGCGAUUGCUGCCGACAACAAAAGGGGCGGUUCCACGGUGUUGCACAAGACCACGCCCAUCUCAAGCCCCACCCUCGACACGAGCCCACCAAAGACAACCUGGGGAAAAUUUGACCGGAAAAGUCAAGAGAAGACUAAAGCCCAGUGGUGGACCCUGUCCACCUCGUCUGCUGGUCACGUCACGUCCAAGUCCACGUCAUCUGCCAGUGACGUCACGUCCAAGUCCACGUCAUCUACCAGUGAUGUCACGCCUAAGUCCACGUCAUCUGCUAAAGAGGUCACGUCUACCCGUGACGUCAUAUCCAAGUCCACCUCGCCUGCCAGUGACGUCACGUCUACGUCCAAGUUAUCUGUCCAUGACGUCACGUCCAUUUCCACUUCGUCUGCCAGUGAUCUCACGGCUAAAUCCACGUCAUCUGCCAGUGACGUCACCUCUACGUCGAGACAAUCGUCAACACGGCAAAAGCUGGUGCAAGACAGGAGAGGAAAAUUUGAAGCGAAAUCUCCAAACACUUUUAAAGUCCAGAAAACACAACGAGAAUAUCCCAAAAAUAAUUCUUUUUCAAGCAUAGUCAUUUCCGGUAUCCCCGGCGCUCCUGGUGUGGUGGGGAAGACGACAGAUCAAUAUAAUACCAACAACGCUGAGCCAUCCGAAGCGCAAAAGAUGAAAGAAGAAGAAGAGGCAGAUGAGCAAGAAGGAAAGAACAGUACGACGUCGGUGCUGGCGGCUGAUAACGAAAUCGUCGAGGAUCCGCCGGAAAUUCCCGAAGUCCAGCCGUACCACGCCCAGCUGACCCUCAAGACUCUGAAGCACACGCCGAGCCCCGAGAAGAUCUACCACUACAAGCACGAGAACAAAGCCAGCGAAGUCUCGCACGUGCACCAGCGCGUCAACAAGAUGGCGGAGAACGAGAUCCCGCGCAAGACGGCGGAGGCGACACCUAGCGGGGUGCUGGGGUCUGACGCCCGGGACUGGAGCAAGAUUAGGAAUCUGUUGCGUAACUCGACCGUCGUGUCCGAGAUCAAAUCCAAACUGGACGAGAUACACAAGAGCGUGACCCUUGACCUGGUGUCUGACGUCACGACACCCGUGACGUCACCAGCAGAAACAACGAGGCCGCAGAAGAGCGAGGUCAAGUGGUACCAGCAAGAGAAGGAGGACGUGGACAACGUCAAGAAAAAUGUAGUAGAAGAUUCAGCAGACGACACGCUAAAACAUUCCGUGCAGAGUACCAAGUUUUCAGCCAGUGAUGACUUGCAGGUCACAGCAGGCACUAAUGUGCCAGAAAGUUCCAGUAAAACAAAUCUGGAUCCCGAAACUCAAAGCUCCCUCUGGUGGGAGAUGAAGAAAAAUGGCGGUAAAGUUGGCACCAAAUCUACGCCUGAAAACAAGAGCGUGGCCAAGCCCACUGGGAAUACAAAGGAAACUUCACAAGGGAAAUUAAAGGAAACUUCACAUGAGACGAUGAAGGAUGCUUCACGAGGGAUGGUGAAGGAUGUUUCACGCGGGAUGAUGAAGGAAGCUUCACGCGGGGUGAUGAAGGAAGCUUCACACAAGAACGACCACGUGAAUCAGGUGGCUGCCUCUAACACGCCAAGCGACUUGAAAGCUACAAAUGCCGAGCACAGCGAGACGACGCCGAGUCGGCCAACGAGGGCAGGGUCCACCGUCUGGUGGGACAGCGUCAUGAACAGCAUCGUGACGGAUCCUAGCCCGGAACCUAGAACACGAGCUGAGCCUAAAACUGAGCCUAUCACUGAGCUUAAAACUGAGCUAAAUCUAAAUGACGUCUUGCCAACCAACGAACAGUCCAACUUUGUGAACCCAAAACUUGAGUCUAAAGAAGAAAAAAAGUCUAAAACACUGCCGGGCGAUAUUUAUGGGAUCACGACCGAGAAAGGAACGGAUCAAACAACAUUCAAAAACAAGCGGCCAAUUUACACGAAAAACGUUGAACCUGUUGCUUUUACCAGCGUCCGCAACUCAAAACUCUCAGCACCCCGCAUGACAGGCGUCCCCUCAAGCCUGGGCAGCAAGACGCCCCUGACAAACAUCCAAAGCCUGGGGAGCAAGUCACCUACGUCAGGCAUCUCUCCCAGCCUGGGGAGCAAGUCAUCCGUGACAGGCGUCUCUCCCAGCCUGGGGAGCAAGUCAUCCGUGACAGGCGUCUCUCCCAGCCUGUGGCACAAGACGCCCCUGAAGUACACGGCCAAGCAGACGGAGAGGCCGAGGGACUACAGUGGCUACCUGGUGAGCAACUACAAGCUGGAGGGUGUUCGUAAAAACUCGGCGAGUUUCAGCAGCGUUUACAAAAACUACAAGGACAGCAAAAAGGGCCAUAAACAUCAUAUGGAAAAGCUGAACGACAGCAUUGUAAAGAGUCCAGAAAAGAUUUCUCAUCAGAAUCAAGUUCCACAGGCGUUUCAAGCCAAGAAUAUAUUCAUAGACCUUGCAGGGGGCACCAAAGGGCAGAUGCCCUAUGUUGUAAGCACGGGGACAAGCAAGGACUUGGUCUUUAGCAAGAAAAUUGUUGACGCCAACAUUAAGUAUGGGAAAGUUCUUCCGUCAGGCAACUUCAAAUGUCCGUCAACAUUCGGGAUCUACGCCGACCCCGAAGAUUGCCGAAUGUUUUACCAGUGCGUGUGGUACGUCUCCUUCCAUCACAUGUGUGGGCGGGGCACGGCGUGGAACAAGGAGGACAGGAUCUGCGACUGGCCCAAACGGACAGACUGUCCGCUGCCAACUGACGAAGCAGACGUCUGAACAAGGUAGCCAGCACUGGGUAGCUAGCACUGGGUAGCCUGAUGGAGGUAGCCUACACAGAGCUUGAGUUGGAGAUUUCAAUUCACCAACUGACUGUUGUUUUACUUUUUCAUUCUUUUGUGUUUAUGUUUCAACGACCAACGAGAAGUCGUGAUUUUGUUUCGUGAAAUACUAUUGGCCUUGCUUUAGUAAAGUCAGUUUUUAUUGGUUGUUCCUGUUAAUGCUUGCCAAAUGGCUGGAUGGUGUAAUGAAAUCAACUGAUGGUUUUUAUUUUACGACACUGGCUGGAGUGUUUUAGUUGAUAUAUUUAGUAAAUUUGUGACAAGUCAAAUUUGUGAUAGUAAACCAAAUUUUACAGUUA